CCGAGAAGCACGCUUUGCGUAAAGCAUAUCGACAAAACAUACAAAAGAAUUAUCCCCAGUGAUUGUACACAAUGGCUGACGCAGAACUAUCAUCGUCAUUUCACGCCAUGACACUCCAUUCAGGCGAAGACAGAGAAGUCAAACACCAAGCAAAAGCCAAUAAAAACUUUUUUGUUCAAUUCUCGCCGAAUAACCAGCGUUUGUCUAUCAGUCCUGAUCGUUCUUUUGACAUCUCCAAGAAAGAUACUAGACAAGUUGUUGGUAUUCUUGAAGAGCUUCUCAAUAUUGAUUGGAAUCUCGGUACGCAAUUCUCCUUUACUUUGUUUUCAAAAGGCUUGGAAAAUAAUCCUAUAAUCUUURGCCUGGAACCAAGGCCAACAACGCGUCAACCUGGAAACGGAAUAUUGUUUGUAWAUGGAGAGAGUCCUAAAUACGGCGAAAUACCGCGACGUAUCCAGGAAAGCUACCAUAAUCGAGAGUGGCAAUUUUGGAAAGAUUUGGAGAAACUUCUUGAAUACAACGACAGAAGGGGAAUCGGUCAUGCUCGUCGAAUAACCUAUGAGGUUUACAUGUUGUUUGUUUUUGAGAUUGCAAGGCGACUUGUAAGAUUYCACCCCGAUGAGGAUUCAGAAGAAAGACGAAGUUUCGACAGUUUGCCCGUUGGCGUCGCCAUUGCACGAUUGUUGGUGUUAGCACCGCAAACAGAACAGGUUUUUCUUGAAAAUGGGAGGUACAAUGUCUUUCAAAACAGUUCAGAAYGCCGAAUGGAAAAGAUUCAGAACAUCAAUGAAGAUUACCACCAAUGGCGACACGAAGAAGAACUGAUCAAAGCAUUUUGUAACAAAUAUGGGUAGGCUUAUUUAAAACGAAAACCCCAAAUCAAUAGACCUUUUCGCGGUUUUAAAGGCCAAACCGGGCAACUUGUUUGAUGCCCUCAAAUGAAUAAGAGUGCCAAGGAUGUCAAAAUUCUGCCUUUUUUCAACAAAAAUUAUUUCCCUCACUUGAAAAAAAACCUCACUGAUUUUUGAGUUGCUGCCUGAUUCUGACUCGCUUUGGUACAAAACCACAGGCCAUUCGCGCAACUACUGUAGUUUUCUAAAAGGUCUAUUUAAAAAAAACACUCCAAAAGUGCAUGUCACAUAAAACGUUAAUAUAAAAAUUUUUGUGGUCACUCCCGUCUAUUAAGACGGAGAACUACUAUGUCAUCGUGUCGUUUUGAAGUAA